UUAUCAGCGCUUAUUUCCAACAAUGGGAGUGAUUCUACAGUUUCAUUGUAUUGUAUAAUAUAGGAACAAUGUUAGACAGUACAAUGCCAAAUUGACUACACAAAACGUCAAUUGGAAGAUAAUAUUUCUUUAUCAGUUAACAAUUCCAUGGGCAAAAUUGAAAUAUUUUCGGGGGAGACUUGCAAUUUUUGGAACAAUAUUGCGCGAAUUCGCGAAAUAAAAUUUUUAGUAUAGAUCUGAGAUCAGCCAUUUUUAAUAUUCCUGACGUGAAGUUUGCGAGCGUGACUGUACAGAUUAUAUCGUUAUUUUUACAGCAGCAGUGCCGAAUAAUAAAACUGUAUUAUAAACCUAUAAAAUGUAAGACAGGCAAGCGAUUUUCACUGAAUGGACUAAAAUUAGCUGAAUAUGUCUUGUAGCGUAACUGAGCGGGUGACGGAAAACAGAGCGGGGCCUGGGGGUGGGCCAGCGACCGGUCCAGGAGCUACAGCUGGGGCAGGUUGCAGACUUCGAGGAUCUAGCAGUGCUAGUCUCGCUACGCCUCCAAACUCCAGAGGAGGUCCCCCGACCUCGGCGGGGUCUCAGUCAGGCCCCCAAAACGGCCCUCAGCCUGGCCAAGGCGCCCCACUGCGUCCCAAGCCCUGUUGCCUUUGCUGGUGCUGUUGCUGCAGCUGUUCCUGUUCAACCCCUGGAAAAGGAAACGAUGAAAAUGGCCCUACAAGAAAUUCCAAUAACUCAGAUCUUUUAAAUUAUGAUGGAGACCCACCUCCUUCUUUAGAGGAAAUCAGAAGUUGGGGUAGAUCUUUUGAUAAACUUAUGCGAAGCCCCGCUGGACGAAAAGUUUUUAGAGAUUUCCUACGGUGCGAAUACUCGGAAGAAAAUAUAUUAUUCUGGCUGGCAUGUGAAGAUUUAAAAAAAGAAAACAAUCCUGAAGCUGUUGAAGAGAAAGCAAGAAUCAUAUACGAAGACUAUAUUUCGAUUCUAUCACCCAAAGAGGUGUCUUUGGACGCUCGAGUUCGCGAAAUCGUGAACCGCAACAUGGUGGAGCCGACGCCGCACACAUUCGACGACGCUCAGCUGCAGAUUUACACAUUGAUGCAUCGAGAUAGCUACCCUCGGUUUGUAAACUCUCCCUUGUACCGGUCGCUGGCUCAGCAGCAGCCGCCACAGCAACAGCAGCAGCAGCAGCAGCAGCAGCAGCAACAACAGCAGCAGCAGCAGCAGCAGCAGCAGCAGCAACAACAGCAGGGUGAAAAGGACGAGCGAUCGUCGCUAGCGCCGGAUCAGGACGGGCCGGGACCCCACGGGUAGCGUUCUUCCGGCCUUUGACGGCGGCCUAACGAGAUCUAGACUCGACAGUCGACAAUAACUCGGAAGUCGGAAGGGCGGCUAAGGCCACACGCCCUCUUCGGAUCAUUCCUCGCUCCGACACCGAUGCACCGUCAGUUCCAUAAAGUGCUAGACCGUGGACCGGUGUCGUCAACGGACCAAUCCCAGAUCGGGACAGUGACGUUACAAACCGUUAUUUUGUUACCGCGUGCAUUUCAUAGCAAUCAGACUUGGACGUCACUCGUCGCUCACUUCUUAAAUAUUAGUGUUGUGUAAUAACGAAGUUAUGGUUCAUCUCACUUCUAGGAUUAGGAUAAUGUGGCAUAAGAUUAAGUAAUAAUAAGGGCUACUUGUCUCACUAGUCAACCCAUCCCAUCCCUCCGCCAUGGGACCGCCACGACGCCGCUCGCCGCGACUUACAAUAUGAAGAUGUGAUAUAAAUACGUAGCGAUUCGACCAUGGCGGUCAGCCCUGCCCUCAUUCUACUUGCACCACACCAUGUACCCCAAUUAUAGUACACUAAUAAUCGACACACUGUGAAUUCAUAUAAAUAAAUAUCAAAUAUACGUUUGUUGUCUUCAUUUA